AUGGAAUCUGGGAGAAGGGGAUGGAAUCUGGGAGAAGGGGAUGGAAUCUGGGAGAAGGGGAUGGAAUCAGGGAGAAGGGGAUGGAAUCUGGGAGAAGGGGAUGGAAUCUGGGAGAAGGGGAUGGAAUCUGGGAGAAGGGGAUGGAAUCUGGGAGAAGGGGGUGGAAUCAGGGAGAAGGGGAUGAAAUCUGGGAGAAGGGGAUGGAAUCUCGGAGAAGGGGAUGGAAUAUGGGAGAAGGGGAUGGAAUCUGGGAGAAGGGGAUGGAAUCUGGGAGAAGGGGAGGGAAUCAGGGAGAAGGGGAUAGAAUCUAAGAGAAGGGGGGGAUGGAAUCUGGGAGAAGGGGAUGGAAUCUGGAAGAAGGGGAUGGAAUCUGGGAGAAGGGGAUGGAAUCGGGAAGAAGGGGAUGGAAUCUGGGAGAAUGGGAUGGAAUCAGGGAGAAGGGGAUGGAAUCUGGGAGAAGGGGAUGGAAUCUUGGAGAAGGGGGUGGAAUCUGGGAGAAGGGGAUGGAAUCUGGGAGAAGGGGAUGGAAUCUGGGAGAAGGGGAUUGAAUACGGAAGAAGGGGAUGGAAUCAGGGAGAAGGGGAUGGAAUCUGGGAGAAGGGGAUGGAAUCUGGGAGAAGGGGAUGGAAUCUGGGAGAAGGGGAUGGAAUCUGGGAGAAGGGGAUGGAAUCAGGGAGAAGGGGAUGGAAUCUAGGAGAAGGGGGUGGAAUCUGGGAGAAGGGGGUGGAAUCUGGGAGAAGGGGAUGGAAUCUGGAAGAAGGGGAUGGAAUCUGGGAGAAGGGGAUGGAAUCUGGGAGAAGGGGAUGGAAUCUGGGAGAAGGGGAUGGAAUCUGGGAGAAGGGGAUGGAAUCAGGGAGAAGGGGAUGGAAUCUGGGAGAAGGGGAUGGAAUCUGGGAGAAGGGGGUGGAAUCUGGGAGAAGGGGAUGGAAUCUGGGAGAAGGGGAUAGAAUCUGGGAGAAGGGGAUGGAAUAUGGGAGAAGGGGAUGGAAUCAGGGAGAAGGGGAUGGAAUCUGGGAGAAGGGGAUGGAAUCUGGGAGAAGGGGAUGGAAUCUGGGAGAAGGGGAUGGAAUCUGGGAGAAGGGGAUGGAAUCUGGGAGAAGGGGAUGGAAUCUGGGAGAAGGGGGUGGAAUCUGGGAGAAGGGGAUGGAAUCUAGGAGAAGGGGGUGGAAUCUGGGAGAAGGGGAUGGAAUCUGGAAGAAGGGGAUGGAAUCUGGGAGAAGGGGAUGGAAUAUGGGAGAAGGGAAUGGAAUCUGGGAGAAGGGGAUGGAAUCGGGGAGAAGGGGAUCGAAUGAGGGAGAAGGGGAUGGAAUGUGGGAGAAGGGGAUGGAAUCUGGGAGAAGGGGAUGGAAUCGGGAAGAAGGGGAUGGAAUCUGGGAGAAUGGGAUGGAAUCAGGGAGAAGGGGAUGGAAUCUGGGAGAAGGGGAUGGAAUCUGGGAGAAGGGGGUGGAAUCUGGGAGAAGGGGAUGGAAUCUGGGAGAAGGGGAUGGAAUCUGGGAGAAGGGGAUUGAAUACGGAAGAAGGGGAUGGAAUCAGGGAGAAGGGGAUGGAAUCUGGGAGAAGGGGAUGGAAUCUGGGAGAAGGGGAUGGAAUCUGGGAGAAGGGGAUGGAAUCUGGGAGAAGGGGAUGGAAUCAGGGAGAAGGGGAUGGAAUCUAGGAGAAGGGGGUGGAAUCUGGGAGAAGGGGGUGGAAUCUGGGAGAAGGGGAUGGAAUCUGGAAGAAGGGGAUGGAAUCUGGGAGAAGGGGAUGGAAUCUGAGAGAAGGGGAUGGAAUCUGGGAGAAGGGGAUGGAAUCUGGGAGAAGGGGAUGGAAUCUGGGAGAAGGGGAUGGAAUCUGGGAGAAGGGGAUGGAAUAUGGGAGAAGGGGAUGGAAUCUGGGAGAAGGGGAUGGAAUCUGGGAGAAGGGGAUGGAAUCAGGGAGAAGGGGAUGGAAUCUGGGAGAAGGGGAUGGAAUCUGGGAGAAGGGGGUGGAAUCUGGGAGAAGGGGAUGGAAUCUGGGAGAAGGGGAUAG